GUGCACAUGUUGGAGAAAUGUAAGCAGCAAGCAAGCGACAUCAUAGAACAAGAGCAGGCGCAUCUGUACGAGCUGAGCCAGGACAUAUGGAGAGAGCCGGAGCUGGCCUAUAAGGAGCACAGCGCCCAUCGUGUCCUCACCAGCUUCUUCUCCAGCAGAUCAUGGCAGGUGCAGCCGCAUUACCAGCUGGGCACGGCGUUCCGGGCAGAGUGGAGCUCUGCGCCCGGCACCUGCCUGCAUGUGGCUUUCCUGUGCGAGUACGACGCCCUGCCCGAGCUGGGGCACGCCUGCGGGCACAAUCUAAUCGCUGAAGUGGGGGCAGCCGCAGCGCUGGGGCUCAGGGGGGCUCUGGAGAGUGUGUCACCCAUGCCUCAGGUCAAGAUUACAGUAUUGGGAACACCAGCGGAGGAAGAAGGUGGAGGUAAAAUUGACCUCAUAAAGGCUGGAGCCUUUGAAGAUAUAGACAUAGUUUUCAUGGCACACCCUGCCCAGGAUGAUGCAGCCUAUCUGCCUGAUGUUGCCGUACAUGAUGUGACUGUGAAAUAUUAUGGAAAAGCUUCUCAUGCUGCUGCAUACCCAUGGGAAGGAAUUAAUGCUUUAGAUGCUGCUGUUCUUGCAUACAACAAUCUGUCUGUGUUAAGACAGCAAAUGAAACCAACCUGGAGAGUUCACGGAAUAAUAAAACAUGGUGGCGUAAAACCUAACAUAAUUCCAUCAUACACUGAGCUAGAAUUUUACUUGCGUGCACCAUCACGCAAAGAACUUGCUGAUUUAAAAGAAAAGGCCAGUGCUUGUUUUAAAGCUGCAGCUGCUUCGACUGGAUGUAAGGUGGAGCUAUGCCCUUCUAGUCAUGAUUAUUACAAUGUGCUUCCAAAUAAAAUACUGGCAAAAGCUUACAAUGAGAAUGGCAAAACAUUGGGAAUGCAGUUUACGACAGAUGAGCUAGUAUUAAAUGCACUGUCAGGCUCUACAGAUUUUGGAAAUGUUACUUUUGAAGUCCCUGGAAUUCACCCUUAUUUCUUUAUCGGCUCGAAUGCACUUAAUCACACUGAAGAGUACACAAAAGCUGCCGGCUCAAAAGAAGCUCAGUUUUAUACCCUUCGAACGGCCAAAUCAUUAGCCAUGACAGCUUUAGAUGUGAUCUUCAAGCCAGACUUGCUGGACAGUGUUCGGGAAGAGUGGAAGAGAGUUAAACAAAUCGAGCAAAUGAGCAAUUCUGUUUCACCUGACAAAUCCAGAGAAUCCAGUAGUGGAGCAGCUUGUGCCUCUUGCUGAGCUAGGUGCUGAAACUAUUUCCAGUUUAAUUCCUACAGAUCUGUACGGACAAAACCGCUGUAGGAAGCACUUUAAAGCAGUAGGGUUGAAAUGCGAAGGGAAGCUGAUAUGCAGCCAUGAAAUAUUACAAAUUCAGUACUGAUCAAGGGGACUGAUUUUAUAAAUGCCUCAUUUUUUUCUCUUGCACAUUAAUUUUGUAGUUGCUUCAAACACAAAUCGGUUAAGGAGGAUUUAGAAAUGAUCCC